UUUUAAAUUAAAAUUAUUAUAUCGAUAAUUUUUUUUUGCUAAUUUAACUUUUUACACACAAGUAUAAUAUUUUUGUUUAAACUUUUUUUAAUACAUCACAAAUUUUUAUAUUUCUUCUUUGUCAUAAAAAUUAUAUUCUUAUAAAAAAAAAAAAAAUUCUUAAUCUAUCAAAAUGUGCGACGAUGAUAUAGCAGCAUUAGUUGUCGAUAAUGGAUCUGGUAUGUGCAAAGCCGGAUUUGCCGGAGACGAUGCUCCAAGAGCAGUAUUCCCAUCCAUAGUUGGUAGACCGAGGCAUCAAGGUGUGAUGGUUGGUAUGGGUCAAAAAGACAGCUACGUAGGCGAUGAAGCUCAAAGCAAGAGAGGUAUCCUAACCCUGAAAUACCCAAUAGAACAUGGCAUCGUUACCAAUUGGGAUGAUAUGGAAAAAAUUUGGCAUCACACUUUCUACAACGAAUUGAGGGUUGCCCCAGAAGAACACCCAGUUCUUUUGACCGAAGCUCCACUCAACCCCAAAGCUAACAGAGAAAAAAUGACACAAAUCAUGUUUGAAACUUUCAACGUACCUGCAAUGUAUGUUGCCAUUCAAGCCGUGUUAUCCUUAUAUGCUUCAGGUAGAACUACAGGUAUAGUACUUGACUCUGGAGACGGUGUCAGCCACACCGUGCCUAUUUAUGAAGGUUAUGCUUUACCUCAUGCCAUCCUCCGUCUCGAUUUGGCCGGAAGAGAUUUAACCGAUUAUUUAAUGAAAAUCUUGACAGAACGUGGUUACUCCUUCGUUACCACGGCUGAAAGAGAAAUCGUCAGGGAUAUCAAGGAAAAGUUGUGCUAUGUUGCCUUGGACUUCGAACAAGAAAUGGCUACCGCUGCAUCCUCUUCCUCUUUGGAAAAGAGCUACGAAUUGCCUGAUGGUCAAGUCAUCACUAUUGGAAACGAAAGAUUCAGAUGCCCUGAAGCUCUCUUCCAACCAUCAUUUUUGGGUAUGGAAUCUAGCGGUAUCCACGAAACCACUUACAACUCCAUCAUGAAAUGCGACGUUGAUAUCAGAAAGGACUUGUAUGCUAACACCGUAUUGUCCGGCGGUACCACCAUGUACCCGGGUAUAGCUGACAGAAUGCAAAAGGAAAUAACUGCUUUGGCUCCUAGCACAAUGAAAAUCAAGAUUAUAGCGCCACCCGAACGUAAAUACUCGGUUUGGAUUGGUGGUUCUAUCUUGGCUUCUCUUUCAACCUUCCAACAGAUGUGGAUCAGCAAACAAGAAUAUGACGAAUCUGGACCCAGCAUCGUUCAUCGUAAAUGCUUCUAAGCUAUCCUUUACUAGGGUUUUUUUUCUUUUCUUUAUGAUCUUCAUUAUAUUGAUUUCCUCAAAAUAUCAAUCCAAUCCCUAUUUAUUUUCUCGUAUUUUUAGAUUAUUUUUUUUUAAAUCUUACAAAAAACCAUACGGCUAAUAAAUAAUUAUUUGUUAAUGUAAAUGACAUUUUCACACAAUUUUAUACACAUUAUAAUAUUAUAUGACAACAUAUAUUUUUAAGUAUAAUUUAUGUUUCAAUGAUUAUUUUAAGGUUACACAUAUAUAAUAAAUGCUAAAACUUUUUUAAAAUUGAUUUCUAUUUAUCUUUUUAAUACAAUUUUUGGAAAUUGGAUUAAUUUAUAUAUAUACUUAGAACUAUUUUUUUUUUGAAAAGAAAAUUUAUACGAUUAAAAAUUUGUUUUUUUUAACUGCCAUUUCUAAUUAAUAUGAGCUGUUGCAAUAAUAAAAAGUAUUUCAAUAAA